UUGGAAUCGUCAUCCCCAAGCUGUGACGUCGUGUGUACAGUGGACGAUCAGAUGAAGCUUCUCCAGCACUCGUGGUCGGACAUGUUGGUUCUGGAUCACAUACACCAGCGUAUGCACAAUAACCUGCCCGACGAGACCACCCUACACAACGGACAGAAGUUCGACCUGCUGAGUUUGGGCCUUCUCGGCGUACCCAGCCUGGCGGACCACUUCAACGAUAUCACCGCCAAGCUGCAGGAGUUGAAGUUCGACGUCAGCGAUUACAUCUGUAUUAAAUUCCUGUUGUUGCUAAAUCCAGAUGUCCGAGGCAUCACAAACAGAAAGCAUGUCCAAGAAGGCUUCGAACAGGUACAGCAAGCUCUACUCGAAUAUACGGUGUCAUGUUACCCUCAAAUACAG